UCACCGGCUACCUAUCUGCGCGACGUUCACUUUCAGAUGGCUCAGGCUAUGGUACCUGUCGACAACGCGAUCGUAUGUGGGCAAGCCCUGUUGAUACCACCGCUGAUCCAAAAACAGGCGGCGAAUGCUGUUGAAGCGUUCAUUGAAUUCCCGAGGGACGCCAAAUACACAAUAAUUGUGCCAGUGAAGUUCCAGUCUAUUUCCGACCAGCUCGUACAACUACAGGCUAAGGCCAUUGAUGAGCAUGCCGUUUCGGAGGUGGAAAAAGACACGAGGGUCCACUUUGUAUGGACUAACAAAGGCCAACCCUGCGUACUCAUCAACUUUCACCCUAUCUCAAGAGACGACUUUGAAUACUCAGCAUUUCUUCCCUUGUCAUUGGUAGAGAGAGAUAGUCUAGUCGUGGCAGGCGUUUGUGUGACGUCCCCGCAUCGGUGCUUUGGCUUAGAGGAUUGCCAAAAGCUCCUCUCUUUGCGACUAGAGGAGGAGCUGACAUCGCUCUUGCAAAACGAUUUGAAUUAUGUAUAGAUUCAAGGCCCGGACGAAUCAAUGCAGUUUCUAGCUAAGAUUGAAGACUGAUUUCAAUCGUGAUGAUUGGCAAGUGCAUACUGUCAGUAUC